AUGACCGGAAUGUCCAAUUCUUUAGACUCAUCCGUGAUUCAUUAUAAUUAUAUAUCCGAUUCCAAUAUAUCUUGCUCUAUCGGCUUCUCGAAGUAUAAUUCUGAAUGGCCGCUAGUUGGCCAGAUAGUCAUGGGGGAAAAAGGAAAGGUGGUCGAGGCGAUAAAAAGAGACUGCCACGAAUUCCUCUUGAUGGAUCUUCGAUAUGAACACCUGAAGUCCCCCUCACCUGCCGUCGAUUACCUGCCGCUCGUCAUUGACCUCUACGAUCCGUCAUCAAAGGAUGAAAUCUCUGAGAGCUUCUUCCUUCCGAUCUUUGUCCAGAACGCCUUCCCGAAUUCGCCACCACGAGCUUCUUUUAAAAGUAUGUAUAUUAUGGACGUCGAUCAGUUCAUAUUGACAACACUGAUUCCAGGAGUUAUUUCCGCCGAAGACUACGAAACGCCAGCAUCGCAGCUGGUUUUCAAUAUCAGCAAACCUCCCGGAAAUGGAAACGGCUAUCUGGUCAAGCUGGAUGACCACACACAGCCGAUAACGUCUUUCAUCCAAGACGAUUUAGACAGCCUACGAAUUGGAUAUCAGCCGCCAAACACGAGCUAUGCAGAAAGAAAAGUUUACGAAGUAGAGUUUACCGUUUACGACAGCCACUUCUCGGCGAGCAUGCCUAUAAAACUGCACAUCGCUGUUCGCCCUUCCGUAACGACUGCGCCCCGCAUUUCAUACAACAAGGGGCUGGUGCUUCUUGAGGGAGAAAGAAGACCAAUUCUUCCAAAUAACUUGCAGAUUGUUGAUCAGGAUAACGUGAAUGACGUGAAGAUCUACGUCAAAGGCGGACUGAAUUACGGCCAACUGAAAGUGAACGGGAGUUUGCUCAUCUACUUUACAGUGAGAGACCUUGCUAACGGCAACGUUGUUUAUGAACACGACGACAGCGACAGCACCAGAGACAACAUCGAAUUACGAAUUACUGACCAAACGGAUACUGUCAGAGCGAGUUUCCCUAUCACGAUCAUACCGAAGGACGACACUCCGCCAUAUGUCGUCAACAAUCUCGGCCUGGAGCUGAACGAAGGCGCGGUGCACCGCAUUGGCAAAAGUCUCCUUUUGGCACACGAUUCCGACACUCUAGACUCGAGGAUUAUUUACUCGAUCGUCAAGACCACUCGAGCCGGCGAGAUCAUUUUUAGGCAAAAACCCACAGACAAGGGACGGCACGUGAAAAAGUUCACCCAGCUGAAUUUGAUGCAGGGUCAGAUCUACUACCGUCAUAUACGCAGUGGUAGGUUUAGAGAUUCAUUUGACUUUGUUCUUAAGGAUCAAGAGAUCCCCCCAAAUGUUUCCCCUAAAGAAACAUUCCAGAUUAUUAUCAAUUCGAUCAACGAUAACCCGCCAAUCCUCUCUCCGACUGCCACCCAGUUCAUGCAGAUCCAAGAAACGAACAUCGGUUACAUCAGCAAAGCCCAGCUUGACUACUUCGACAAGGACAGUAAAGAAAGCCAGUUGGUUUAUACCAUCACGACUCCGCCUCAUUUUGUGUACAACUCCAAGCGAGCGGACGCUGGUCGCGUGAUUACAACUCACAACAUAACAAUGCUUCGAAAAGACUUGUCGUUACCGAUGACGAAGUCUUUCACGCAGAAAGACAUCAACCAAUUGAAAGUGGCCUACGUUCCGCCCGCGAACGACAUCGGAACGGAACCGUGCCUUGUACGCUUCAUCUACAUGAUUGAAGAUUUCUCCGGAAAUCGAAUAUCGGGUCAACAGUUUGACAUCGAAGUGCAACCGGUUGAUAACCAAUCGCCCGAGUUUAUUACCAACAAACUGCUGGUGGAAGAAGGUGGAACAAUUGGAAUUACUACCAGCCAAAUAUCCGCCAUGGAUAUUGACACGUUACCUUCAGAACUUUCUUUUGUAUGCGGACAACUUCCGCAAUAUGGGAUGUUACAAAAAAACGGGAUAAACCUGAAGAAAGAGGAUCAUUUUAAAUUAGCUGAUCUCAAGGAGAAAGCAAUCAGGUAA